AUGAAAGCUGGGUACCGUUAUUGGAUCAAGUUCCUUGGAGUCUGUUGUCUCUUUCUGCCAAUCCGGCCGUCCUGUGGUUUGUUCUUCCGUGCAUCACCCCCUGAUCACGAUAGCGAUGUUACCAACAACAAGGACACUCCUUCACCACCAUACAAAUUGGGGGAUCCCUUUACCAUCAUCUUCUUCAGUGACUUGGAAACCCAUUUUCGAGGACACGACAUUUAUCGUUCCCGCUACGUGGUUCGGUACAUUCGAGACUUGAGACACGUCAACCUCACGUACGAUGGCAAUUAUAGCCACGUUGCGGUGGAUCCGCAAUUGGUGAUUCACGGUGGUGAUGUGGGUCACCUAUGGAACUGUUUUGGGGCCACGCUGUGGGAAUUCUACCUCCGAGGGGCAGUGUUGAAUGACUACGAUGCACACAAUUUCAACAAUUGGCAAUGCCAAACUCCCCUCGAUGAAAUUCGCAGCCUGUGGGACAUCUUCUACCAGGCCGACAUGCCUUUUGUGUCCAAUUUUGGCAAUCACGAUUGGUAUCCAGCUCACGGCACCGGCAAUCCGUGGGUGAGACCCGCCGGACAGCGCGAUGCCGUUGCCGAUCGCAUCAAUCGACAAUCCUCCGAGUUUGUGCGAGAAACAUAUCGUCAGUCGGAACGGUUGGGGCUAGAAGUACACGAUGAAAUCUUGCCGACAGCGCAAUACGGGCAAUCCAUGUUUCACAGUGUCUUUCGAGGUGUCCGGUUGGUCAGUUUCAAUGCGGCAUUCAACUGGGAGUCCUACGAUGAUCAUGGGACCUACAAUGCCACCCAACAGUUGGAACGAUUGCAAGCCAGUUUAGUGUCGCGCGGAAACCACAAUGCGACAAUAUUCUAUAGUCACUUUCCCUUGAGCAAACACCGGCUGCGAAACCAGGCACCCUCGGUGGAUGAAGUCGUGGGACUCAUGGCACAAUUUGCCGACAGUAACGACAUGGUCCAUCAUUUCGCCGGACACUAUCACGCCGAACGCGUGGAAGACUACAACACUACGGUCACCACGGUCACCAGUGCCAACAAUAAUCAAAGCAGAACAGUAACGGUGCGAGACCAUGUCGCGGCUUAUCCACAUCGAGCUGGACAGAGAGAACCAGGGUUUUGGGCCAUUUUGGUGUCGCCAACGGACGGUGUCUUGCAAGUCAAAUCCAUAACCAUUCCGGGACUGCCCAAUGGCAGCCCUUGUACUCCAGCUGCUCACAAGGAGCCAUUGGGUCUGUUGUUUGGUACGACAUACAAGGGAUGCGACACUUGCAAGGCUGGGAAACAUGUCUGGUCUUUUGCCCAUACGUGGUUUGUCUGUGGAGAUUGA